GCCUCUAUCGCUAAUAAAGAAACAAUGGCGACAGCGGCGACUGCAGCGGGCGGAACGGGCUCCGGCGGACCAUCGGCUGGCCAGGCGGGCGCCGGUUCCUCGAUCGGACGGAAAAAAGACGGAGGGCCUUCUUCCAAAUUUUGGGAGAGCUCGGAAACGGUGUCCCAGCUGGAGACAGUUCGGCUGUGGAUCGGGAAACAUUAUAAGAAGUAUGUCCAAACCGACUCUCCUACAUGCAAAACUUUGGCUGCGCUGGUGGUGCAGUUGCUGCAGUUUCAGGAGGAUGCAUUUGGGCGUAGAGUCAGCAAUCCUGCCCUUACCAAACUACCCGCAAAGAGCUUUCUCGAUUUCAAACCCGGAGGAGCCCUUUGCCACAUUCUGGGUUCUGCAUACAAGUUCAAAAGCGAGCAGGGCUGGAGGAGGUUUGAUCUGCAGAACCCAUCCAGAAUGGAUAGAAACGUGGAGAUGUUCAUGACUAUUGAGAAGACUCUUGUUCAGAACAACUCUUUGACCCGACCAAUUGUAUACAUUGUGUCUGACAUGGAGCAAAAGCAAGCCAACAAGCUCAAAGACAUCAUCAAGAGACAUCAGGGCACCAUCACUGAAGAUAAAUCAAAGGCCACUCAUAUUAUUUACUCCUCCCCAGCCCAGAUUGAAGAAGAGGAAUGGCUACGUCCUGUCAUGCGCAAAGACAAGCAAGUUUUGGUUCACUGGGGUAAUUACCCUGACAGUUAUGAUACAUGGGUAUCAACAAGUGAUGUGGAUGGAGAUGUUGAGGAUCCACCAAGUUCUGAGAAACCAUGGAGGGUGCAUGCUAAAUGGGUCAUCGACACAGAUGCUUUCAACGAGUGGAUGAAUGAGGAAGAUUACGAAGUGGAUGAGAACAAGAAGCCUGUGAGUUUCCGCCAGCGGAUCUUCCCAGGGGAGGAAGUGUCUUCCCGUACACCCGAUCGUAAGGACCGCAAGUCCCUGGUUGCCGGCAAGAAGAGGAGACGCUCUCCAUCCCCACCCAGCACCCCUGCAGAGUCCCGCAAAAAGGGCAAGAAAGGGAAUCCUGGAUCACAGGGGAGACGCCGUGGACAUCAAAAUGAUGACGAGCAGGAUGAAGACCUCACAAAGGACCUGGAAGAUCCCUCCCCUGUACCAGGAAUGGAGGAAGUUACAUUGCCAAAGAAUGUCAAUCAGAAAAAGGACAGUGAGAACACGCCAGUGAAAGGCGGAACGGUUGCUGAUUUGGAUGACCAGGAAGAUGAUUCACUAGCAUCUGGUGGCAAGGAGGAAGAUGAACAGGGCAAAAUGGUGAUUAAUCGUCUGAUUGACUCGGAGGACAACGUGACUGAACAAACCCAUCACAUCAUUAUACCCAGCUAUGCUGCCUGGUUCGACUACAACAGUAUACAUGAAAUUGAGAGGCGUGCCCUGCCAGAGUUCUUCAAUGGCAAAAACAAAUCGAAGACUCCAGAGAUCUAUCUGGCUUAUCGUAACUUCAUGAUUGACACAUACCGGCUGAAUCCUCAGGAGUACCUGACCUCCACCUCCUGCAGGAGAAACCUCACCGGAGAUGUCUGUGCAGUCAUGAGAGUGCAUGCCUUUUUGGAGCAGUGGGGGCUGGUGAACUAUCAGGUUGAUUCUGAGAGCAGACCCCUUCCCAUGGGCCCUCCACCAACCCCACAUUUCAAUGUUCUGACUGAUACUCCCUCUGGCUUGGUGCCGCUGCACCACCGCCCUCCACAGGUUCCCCCUGCUCAGCAGAUGCUGAACUUCCCAGAGAAGGGCAAAGACAAGCCAACUGACCUGCAGAACUUUGGCCUCCGUACAGAUAUUUACUCAAAGAAGAAUCCCAAGGGUAAAGGGGCUGCAGGUGGGAGAGAGUGGACUGAGCAAGAAACAUUGCUUCUGUUGGAGGCUCUGGAGAUGUAUAAGGAUGACUGGAAUAAGGUUUCUGAGCACGUGGGCAGCCGUACACAAGAUGAGUGCAUCUUGCACUUCCUGCGGCUGCCCAUAGAGGAUCAAUACCUGGAGAGCUCUGAAGCCUCACUAGGCCCUUUGGCUUACCAGCCGAUCCCCUUUAGCCAAUCAGGAAAUCCUGUCAUGAGCACUGUUGCAUUCCUUGCCUCUGUGGUCGACCCGCGUGUGGCGGCGGCUGCUGCCAAAGCAGCUUUGGAGGAGUUCUCACGUGUGCGUGAGGAAGUUCCCACAGAGCUGGUGGAGGCUCAUGUGAAGAAGGUACAGGAAGCCGCACGCAGCACAGGAAAAGUAGACCCUGCGUUCGGCCUGGAGAACAGUGGCAUUGCCGGUACAGCUCCUGAGGAACCAGAGAAGACGGAACCUACAGAGACUGAGAAGAUGGACACUGACUUGGAUUCCCAGCCUGAUAAGGCGGAGUCAAAGGAUGAAGCAGAGAAGCCCAGCGAGUCUGCGGAAAAGCCGACAGAGACAGAGAAGGAAAAGAAUGAGACUACAGAAAAAUCUGAGCCGCAGGAAGAGGAAGAGAGUGAGGGAGGAGAAUCCAAGACAGCAGAGAAAGACAAAGAGGAGGACAUGGAGACCACAGAGGAAGGGAAAGAGGGUGAGGAAGAAAAGGAGGAAGGAAAGAAAAACCUUGAGUUGGAUAUCGGAGAGGGCAACAUCGCCACCGCUGCCGCUGCUGCUCUGGCCUCUGCUGCCACCAAGGCAAAGCACCUGGCUGCAGUGGAAGAGAGGAAGAUCAAAUCUCUUGUGGCUCUGCUGGUAGAAACUCAGAUGAAGAAGCUGGAGCUCAAACUCAGACACUUUGAGGAGCUGGAGACCAUCAUGGACCGUGAGAAAGAAGCACUGGAGCUCCAGAGGCAGCAGCUUUUGACAGAGCGACAGGCAUUCCACAUGGAGCAGUUGAAAUAUGCUGAGAUGAAGGCUCGUCAGCAGAUGGAACAGCAGGCAGCUGUGCAGCAGAAUGCAGGAGGACAUCACGGACCACCUCCACAUGGCCCAACUCCGCACGGCCCACCUCCAGGCAUGCACCCUGGACACCCAGGACAUCCCGGGCACCCAGGCCCCGCAUAUCCCCCCAUGCACCAUCCCAUGGGUCCCCACCAUGCCCCUCAGACAGGACCAAUGGUUGGACCAGGCCAGCCCAUGCCAGGUCAGCCUAUGCCAGGCCGAAUGAUGCCUGGACCUCCCCCAGUUGGACCCCCACAGGGUGGCAUGCUACCCAUGAUGGGCCCUCGACACCCUGGACCACCCAACGGCAUGUACCCAGGUCCACCUCCAACCGCACAGCCUGAUGGGAUGCCCCCUGGCCCAGUGGGACCUCCUGUAUCUGCACCCCCUCCUCGUGCUGCUGAAAACUAAACUAUUCCCCCCUGUCACCGCACACACGUACACAUCCACACACACACACACAAAUCCAGAUUAAUUCGGGACCCCCGCAGACCUGCUGUCGUCGCCCUCUGUAGUUUGGCCUUGCUGAUGGGUGGGUCAUCUCUAAAUCCUCUCGAUCGAGCUGAGCACUCACCUCCUCACCCGCAAACAUUCACACGCUCAGGGCACAAAGUCAAGAGUGCUGCCGUUCCUGCGUCUCUUGGCUAGUAAUAGCACUGGCUUCUGUUCUGUUUCUCUCCUCUUGUGUUUGUUUUCGAGAGCGUUAGACAGACUCCUGCGGAACUUCGCUGUCCGGCUCUUCCCUGUAAUGUGACUGAUGGAAUCAUAUGUGUAUAUUGUGCUGAUCCACGUAAGCUAAAUGCUCUAAGAUCGAAAUCACACUGUAGCUACGAGCCGGUUCACAGCGUCCCGCCUCCUCUGGAGUCCUGUGGUGCGCAGAGAACCUUUCUACUGCCUUACUUGUUUGUGGUGCAGUAUCCAUUACAGCAGGGUUCCCAGUGGCUUCCUCGAGCUUCCUUUUAAUAUUUACAUCCACAUCUAGUUGAUAAACUACCUCGCCGGUGCAAUUGUAAGCAAUCUGUGCACAGUGUGUGAAGCAGAUUUGCUUUAUGGUACUCUGCUUGGUCAGCCACGCUGUGACCCAGAGAUCAAUGAGAGAUCGUAACUCACACCGCCACGAGUGCUCCGCUGUCCUAAAUGCGUCCCGAGUACUGUAACACCAAACAAGAGCCCACCAAACUGCUGUUUUUAGAGAUGUACCCACACAAGCAUGAAACUUUGUUUGCUUCAGAUGUACGAACACACACACACACACACACACACAUUUAAAACCUCUGCAAAUGGAGGUGUAUAUGGUAUCACACUGAAGUGAUGGAGGAACUUUGCUUAUCUUAGGUGUAGCUGGCCUUUUGUGCUCCUCCCUUAGGUGCUGACAGAGUAGCUGCCCCGCCUUGCUCUACCUCUCUCACUUUACUACCUCUCUUCUCUCCUUCUCUCUUCCUGUUAUGGCUGUUCUCUCUCUUUCUCUCUCUCUUUUCUUUGUGUGUGCCCAUGUGACUGCUGCAUUACUGCUGUGUGGAGGCUGUCGUCGUCCUCCUCCUCAGGUGAACCAAGCCCUCACUUCAACACGGCCCACCCCACUACCCACCCCACUACACUACACACACACACACACACACACAGACACACAGAUACACGUGCAUUUCCUCUUCCAAAACUUUCCAGGCUGUAUAUCACCGAAAAAUGGGGUGAAACCCUGCCCUCCCCGAUCUCCAUAUAUAUCUUUUAUUGCUUUUUAUUUUAUGGUAAUGUAUUUUUAAGAAAAUAAAGUUUGUGUAGACUCAGUUAUCGCUGUUCUUGGAAGUUUGUAGCUUUCUCUUUUCAGUUUACCCGGCACAUUGAUACUGAGACCUGAACACUGUCUAAAUAAAGUGGGUUUGUUUUUGUAA